ACAACCUGUAACAAAAUAGUCUUUGUUUAAGACAUCAAAAAUAAUUGAGUCUACUUUUAUACAAUUUUGACUAUAAAUGUUGCUUUGUGAAUUCCACGUAAUUGGCCAUGAGUGAAUGUGGAAUAUUGAACGGGAGGAGGAGAUUAAGGCCACACUUUUACGUACAAAAUGUGCGAUCCAUGUCGAUGUUUAAGGAGGUGCAUCAGCUGCCAUGGCGGAUGCUGUCCCAUCCCUACUUGCUGUGCGCGACCUUGUCCUAUUAAUACGCGGAAUUGUCGCGUGGUGUUUCCCGGGGAGUAUCAGAAGUUCUCGGACAUGGUGCCACCCAGUUUUCUUCAGAAACAGCCAAAGCCACCGAAAAGAAAGAAACGUUCAAAGAGUUGCACACCAUGUGUAGAGCGAUGUAAAGAGCCGUGUGCGGAUAUUUGUAAGGAAACAAGUGAAGAUUGUGAAAAAGAAAAGGAUGGAAAUGAACAGCAAAAUCCUGAAGAAUUCGGGCAAGAUAAUGAUGCAGGAUAUGGAUAUGGAGCUCCUGCUGUAGGAUUUCAUGGAGUUCCAGGGGCUGGCUUUGGUUUUCAGCCGGAACCUACUAUUAUACCAUGCUAUGACUACGGGCCGGCAGGAAAUGCCAUGAUAUUUGGGAUUCCGCCACCCAACCAAUAUGGAAACUUUGGAGUUCCUGGUCCCAUGGUUUUACCAGUGGCUCAGUCAUCUGCAGUGGGUCAGGGAGAUGCUCGUCGUUCACGAGGUCCUCCGGCGGCAGGUCUACCCACGCAAUAUUCAUCAAAGUUUAAUCCCUGUACGGGAGAAGUUUACCAAUGUGGAAAUCAACAAAUGUCAGCUGUAAGACCAACAGAAAUGGUACAAGGUCCCUCCUAUAACCAGUUCUGUGAGGGUAUCGGCAUGAAUUUAGGGCCAAACAAUGGGUAUAAUCCAUUUAAUGAGCCGCAUUCAAUAGAUCAAAGGCAAGUCAUGCAAACAAUAUUUUUGCGGGAGCCCCAGCAGUUUAUGGCCAGCAAAGUCAAGCCAUGAAUUUUGGACCCAACAAUCAGAGCUAUAAUUAUAAUGUCGGACAGAGAAAUCUAGAUUCCCGACAAGUUCCCCAAUCUCAGCCAUCAACGGGACAGGUGCGUCAAGGUGGUGCCAGAUCAAAGUCCGUAGGUCAACCAUCCGAAUUUAGAGGAACCCAAGCAUUUAAUCAGCAGCAUCCAGGAACUCACUCUGGACCUAACAACCUAAAUAAUCCUCAUAGUCAGGGGAAGACGACAUUUGAUUUAAGAUCAACAGGCAAGCUAAGUCAUCUGUGGUUCAUAAUGAUAACAGGUCGAAGUCCCAAAGACAACGAAACGAGUCUAGGGGUCGUACUAU